CAUGCAAUUUUCUGCUUGAACGGCCAGAAGAAUAGUAGGCGGGCAUACACUGUGAAGUAGGCAGGAAAUAUUCGAUUUACAGAGGGGAGGUUGGCUGCAGCUCAGCAAUGUAUUUAUUUCUUGCCAAACCAAAAAAAUCGCAGCACCAGAGAGCGAAUGACAUGGCACAUCAGGAUGGCUCAGCCCUGAGCUGACACUCGCCGUCGUCUCGCUGCUGCUUGCUUAAUUGAAUUGGCUGCGUGAGCGAUACGGAACCCGUUCUACGAUGACCUCCAACUUUCCUCUGGCGAAAACUCUGAGGCGGUCGUGGAGUUUGCCUCCGACGCGGAAUAUCCGCAUUGUGGUGCUGGGACAAAGUGCAGUGGGCAAGACAGCAAUGACUGUCAGAUUUAUCACCAAACGGUUCAUUGGAGAAUAUGAUCCCACCCUUGAAACAAUUUACAGACACACCGGGGUUAUAGAUGGGGAAUUUGUCCAUUUUGAGAUCCUAGAUACUGCAGGUCAGGAAGAGGACUCGCUUCAGAUCGAGGAGAAGAUUAAGUGGGGUGACAGUUUUGUCAUUGUAUAUUCAGUGACAGACCGUUGCAGCUUCGAUGAAGUAAUGAGAUUAUGUUUCCUCAUCAACCACAUCCAGGCAGCCAACAAAAAAGGAGCAACGGAGCACCCACCCAUCGUCAUAGUAGGCAACAAGAAAGAUCUCCAGUUUGACCGCAUGGUGUCUACGGACGAUGGUGAAAAACUCUCCAAGGCAUUGAAACACCCUUAUUUUGAAAUUUCCACCAGAGACAGCUAUGAGGAAACCACCAUGGUCUUCCAUACGCUCUACUGUGAGAUGCAGAGGCAAGGGUGCCUCUCUCCGGCAACUUUCAAGAAAAGAAAUGCAUCAAAGUCGAUGGAGAAGAUUCCGAAAAUUUACGCCAAUUCGACUUUGAUUGCAAAUGGCAGGAGUUUAAGUUUUAACUCAUUUCGAGAUUUUAUCCCAGAAUGAAAGCAUGAGAACCCACGCCAGUUCCAUGUUACUUUUCCAGUCUACCAGCCCUUGGUGAUGAAAAGAUGUCCUCACUAGUGUGGUGUAUAGGU